AUGAGCGCCAUGCAAACAGAGGAGAAACCUGAACCUGUCAUUGAUCGGCUAUCGCAAGACAUUCUAUGGACAAUAUUUGACUUCUACGCCGGGACAGAUGGUCCACGAGACCCUCUGGAAAAGCUAUUUUACGUUUGCAAGUAUUGGUACCUCGCGGCACGUCAACACAGGCGACUAUGGACCAAGUUUCCGAUCAAUAUCACAACACCAAAGGAUUGUCAGUUUUGGUUCUCACGCGCAUCAAAUCGUAUCAAACUUUGCGGAAAAGAGGGACCUGCCGAACUGGAAUUUAAUUAUCAUCUUCUCGCGACAAAUCUAAAUAUAAGAGUGUUUGAAGAGAAUAUCUUAAAGCUCUUCAACAUGCUUAUUGGGCAUAAUGGAUCUCUAAUCAACCAAUGGUCCCGGAUUUCAGUUGAAUACAUACCCUCCUCAGUGCAAAGAGCAUGGACCGAGGCUCUAUCUCAUCCAACUCCCAAUCUACGCUCCCUUAAAAUCCGUGACCUAAACCAUGAGGCUCACAUUCUACCUUGUGCGCCUUCUCUUGAAGAGCUAAUCAUCAUAAAUUGUGCUUGCACACUCGGAAACGAUUUUAGACGGCUGAAAACACUGGAACUUCGCGGAAAUUCUCUAUGCAUCCCAAAUAUAUCUACAACAUUAACAGCCAAAAGCCUCACUACAUUAUCACUCCUCAAUUGUGGAAGGAAUAUUAUCCUUUCACGCAGCUUUCUUGCUCUGGAAGCGGUUUCCUUCACUGCAGGGAUUCAUGCUUCAGCUAUUGAGCAAUUUUCAGCUCCACGACUGCGGUCCCUUACCAUAUACCUCCGUACAGAAGAAAGUAUAGCAGCGCUGAGAGGUUGUGAUGGAAUUGACUUUCAACAAUUGGAGAUUCUAGGCUAUGGCUGCGAGUUAUAUUCGAAAUCUGAAGCUGUUCUAAUUAUGAAGAGCAUAAAGGACAUAUUCAGAAUGGCGACAGGAAUCAAGCGACUCCGUGCGCUAAAUCUGAAAGCACUAAGGGUUUUCUUACUCUGCAUUCAAGACAAAAUAAACCCUACCAUUGAAUGUCGUGGCUGCCCAAUUCAAUUACUUCAGCACGGCUAUGGGAAUCGAUUCAUAGACGAAACAUUUUCUAUUCCUCCGGACGCUACGGAAGAGGACAUUCUUCGUGUGCGACUAUCAGCCAAUGUACCCCAAGAUGAUACUUGGGCUGGGCUUAUUGAUAGCUUUGCCAGGUUUUAA